GAGUAAGUCAAGAGGCUCGCUCCUCUCCUGUAAGGACAACCGGUAGCACCAAAAUAUCUCUGCAAUGCCAGGACAGCGACGUGCUGUUGGAAGUGUGUUAAGAAUAGACUCACAAUGGGGCUCGCUCCUGUCUUCCGUUGUCUGAGGACAGACAGUUGUCUGCAGGGGACAGAGGAAGAGGUAAGACGGGAGAAUCCACAUGAUUCAGAGACUUGAAUGGAUCGGGUCAGGUUUUCCGAGCAGAACAGGGACGUAACUCAAUCUAGGAAAGAGUCGGAGUGUCUUACUCCCGCAGUAAACGUUGCGUCUGGAUGUUAUUGUGCUGCUGGAAACCGCUGUGCCCCUGGGUUGAAAGGGGAGAAGUAAAUGCAAUAGGGAGUGAGGUGCUGGCUUAAGAGUUUACCCUGUGGUCUGAAACUGAAGAACUAGGUUUUUCUUGAGGGCUUUGAAUACACAAAGCAUGGCAGGAACGAGUGCUUCAGAGAUCAUCUUCAUCUCUGUGAAUCAUAGCAUCACUAUGAUGGGGAAGGUGUGGCUCAUUGUCAUGAUCUUCCUCCGCAUCCUUAUGCUCCUCCUCGCUGGUUACCCCAUUUACCAGGAUGAGCAGGAGCGAUUUGUGUGCAACACCAUUCAGCCUGGCUGUGCCAACGUGUGCUAUGAUCUCUUUUCUCCCAUCUCUCUCUUCCGCUUCUGGCUGGUGCAGCUCACCAUCAUGUGUCUCCCCUACUUCAUAUUUGUCAUCUAUGUGGUCCACAAGGUGUCAAAUAGCCUCACUGUGGAAUCGAAUGCCUCUGGUUACAUCAAAGUCACGCCACUGUUCAAGAUCCAACAGGAACCAUUCAAUGAGACACCCAUAAACAAGAUGCCUCCGGGAGCUGAGCAAGGUUGGGCCCGGUGCUUCACUGGAGCAUACAUCCUACAUCUCAUGUUUCGAACUCUGCUGGAGGCUGGGUUUGGAGCAGCUCACUACUAUCUAUUUGGCUUCUAUAUCCCCAGGCGGUUCCUGUGUCAGCAUCCACCGUGUACAACACAGGUGGACUGCUACAUCUCCAGGCCCACUGAGAAGACUGUGAUGCUCAACUUCAUGCUUGGUGUGGCUGCUCUGUCUUUGCUUCUGAAUGUGUUGGAUUUCAUCUGUGCAAUAAAGCGCUCAGUGCAGCUGAAGAGCAAGAAGAAAAUGAGGACUGUGAAGAUAUAUGAGGAAGAACAAUGUUUCAUUUCAGGUGAGGGAAUGGAUGUAAAUACCUCCAUGGCUCAGCAGGAUUUAGAAUGUGAAGCUGGUCAGAACGUGGCUUUCCGGAAAAGGAAAGGUAGUGGAGGUGGAACUCUUGGUUUAGGUCAGGAACCACUGGGCCUGGUGCAUUCUCUGGGUGCCCUAGGUAGCAACACAAAUGGGAACAACGGCUAUUCUGUUUCCCAAGAGGAUGCCCCAGAAAGGAGCGGGAGUGAGGUGGCUCUCUGCCCCCCAGAGCCAAUGGGGACACCCAGAUCCAUACGUGUUAACAAACGCAAUCGACUUAAACCACCACCUCCACCCAGGCGGGACCUUGGUUUGCCCUCAGUGGUGUCAGCAGGUCCAAACGGGGAUGUUUCCACAGCAGCAACAACCUGUACAAGAAGAAUGGGGCAGUAUACGUUAGUUGAGGUUGGCAGCGGCACAGAGCCACAGAAUAACGAUGAUGGACAGGAGAAAAAAUCAGAGUGGGUUUGACUGUUGAGGGUCUGACUGUUGAACAUUUGACUGUGGAUGGUUUGACUGUGAUAUUUCCAUGUUAUUUUGAGAUCAAUGUGGGAAAACAGACCCUGUCAGGUUUACACUAUGGCAGCAACUGUUGGAGCUACUUUCCACCACACCUCAGUCUACCUCAGUCACUACUGUCGACUGCACUGUCACUUGAAAAGUGACUUUCUGAAGAGCGUUCAUUUUCUAGCCCAGUGAUUGCAAAGUGUCACGGAAGCAAGUCACGAAUUGGAAUUCUCUAUGCAAAACAAGUCAGAGGUGAGAGGAAACUCUAGCCUUGUGUGUGCCUGAGCACAGCCUUGAGAAAUUCUAAAAAGAGUUCAGUCCACCUGUUUCAUCCCUUGUUGGCUUUACCCCCCACCUCCACUGACUGACUGUACAUAAACAAAGGCGGGCCUUGACCCAUUCCACAAACACCAACCGCUACCAUUGUCACUCAACAUGAUACAACAAAGGGCCUUCUCAUGUAUGUGUCAGUCACAGGGUCAGAAUGGAUGCACAGGGUCAGAGAGUUACCCUCCAGACCCCAAGUUAUGGGGUUUAGGUGACCUUUGAGAAUGAAAAGGCAGGAUUGAAAUGCGAGACAAUAUCUUGCUAAGGUGUUGUAACUGGGCUCAGAGAAAAGAAUAGGAUUCUUCUGACAGAAGUGAAGGACACUAUGAAGUCCCCUAAAGCAGACAUAGGCUCACAAAGCAAUUAUGUUCCCCCAUAGGGGCUCUGUAUUUAUGGAGACAGCUUGUCACUCUAUUUCAAGGCCUUGUGGAGCUUAGGAGGAAAACAAGCCUUAACAAACACUGACACUAGAAAUAGAGCACGACCGGGCUCUGCAAAAGGAGCAGCGUUGUCUGUUGCUCUUCAGGGUAUCUGCACCCUGCUUGCUGCUGCUGAUGGUUUCACUUUGAUCAAAAGUCUGUCACCGGACAAGUGCGCUGCACUGAUGCGUCACAGAAUUUAUAACCGGGCCGGGUCGAUAGGCUUUUGUCAAGAUUUGAUUCUAAUUUGCUGUGAUUGUAAGGUUGUGGUUUUCUUUUCCUCCUUGAACCAAAACUAAAUUGUCGUACAUGUCCAACAGAAAGUUAACUGCUUCACUGAGCUGAAAUACAAAAUAAAAUGUUAUUCAGCUAUUCAAUGUUCACUGAGCUGGUGCCAUGGGAAAAUAAAAUUAAAUGCUGGGUCAAAAUGAAUAGAGCCCCACACACACACACACUUCUACCAUAUAAUAAAAAUAGGAACAUGCUCCUUUGCUGACAGAUUUCUAGGUCAUAAACACUGGCGUAAGCCUCGUUUUGAACAUCCCAGUGCUGUGACGCUCCCUCUGUAAAUCAGUGGCAUCACUAUUCUACUGUCGCUCUGUAGCUGAGGGGCCUGUCUUUGUGUAAACCGAUAGCUUUUGAUCUCUCCCCUCUUAUGGGCUCUUUGAAGUUGACAAAAAGCUCCUAACUUUAUAUCUCACGUGUCCCGAGUGCUGCUCCCUGGUUACCCGUGAGGGCGACCAAAGGGAGUUUUCAUCAGACCGUGGCGGAUCUGACGAUGCCACACCUUCUUCACACACCCAGUGUUUGGUGUGAAAGCAUGACCUAUGGUAGAGAUGACCUUCAGCUGUAACUACUUUAACCUGAGCUGGACUCUGUUUGUUUACUGGAAGUUGUUGCACUCUAAUCUUUGGGUACACACUCAAAAAUAAAAGACACAACAAUUUCUGUACCUGUAGGUAGAGCAGGUUACCUCACUAGUACAAUAUUGUGCUUGGAGAUGCCAGAAAUUUACCUUUUGACUAUCAGAGAGGGCACACAGUGAAUUUAAUCAUAAUAAGGAACUGAUUUGUACCUUUUUCACCCUAAGAAAAUAUUAUUUUUAUGACCACUGCACCUUUCAUGUGUAUGUUUGCAAUUUUACCCCCUGAAUUAGCCUUUUCUUCAUGCAAGUAAACAAAAUGAACAAUGCACAAUUAUUUGUCAAUAAAAGGAGGGUAAAUUUCUAUACCAUAGUAUUGUACAUGUAUGUCCUUUAGGAUUCUGAAUUGUACUUAAACCGGUACAGUUUGACGUGGUACAAAAAUGGAGUUUUUCAAAAAGGUACGCAUCCAACGACAAGCAUUUGUACCAUUUUAGCUACACAUCAGUACUUCUAUUUCUGAGUGUGAUGAAGCACACACAUUAUUAUUAUUUGAUUA